AGAGACGUUUCUGCUCAUCGGACAGGGUCUUCUUCAGAAGAGGUUACCACUGACACACCUUAGCUGAUGGCCAGAAAGGAGGAAGUGGGCAGAGCCAACCUGAAGACUUUCCGCAGCCUCUCAGUGGAAGAAGAGCAGACUCAACACUUCCUUAUGAGAGAACGUGAGGAGAGUAUUGAUCUGCCAUGUCUAAAAUUUCCUGACCAUCCAGAGGAGCUGAUCACUCAUCCAGUUAUUAAAUCAGGCUGGCUCGAUAAAACUCCCCCCAAAGGGGGGAGGAGGUUUCAGAAGCGCUGGGUUCAACUGGAUUCUGAGUAUCUGAGAUAUUUUCAAAACAAUAAGGAGGUUUAUUCUAAGCGGAUGGUGUCUGUUUGGUGUAUAAACACUGUUCAGUCUGUAGGUGAUCAACGGUUUGAGCUCAUCACUCAGAGCCGAACGUUUCUAUUCAGAGCAGAAACCAAUGAGCAGCGAGCUGAUUGGGUGGUGUGUGUACAGAAGGUCCUGGAUAGUCGGCAGCAGAACGGUGGUCGGAGUGUAUUUUCAAAAAGGUCUGUGGUCAGUAAUGAGGGUUUUCUGGACAUGAUGUCACCACGCAUUAAAGUCUACACCGUCAUCAAGGACCACAGAGUUUACCUGUUCAAAAACCGGCAGGAGUAUCUGUCUGGUGUGGGAAUCACCGAUAUUGAUCUGCGAAAGGCGAGUUUGAAGGAGUCAAGCAGAUCAUUCAGCAUCAUCACCCCCUACAGGACCUUCAGUUUCUUGGUGGAGGGUGAGGCUGAGAGGCGGAGGUGGUGUGUGUGUUUGUCGCAGUGUGUGAGCUGCACAGUGCCGACUGUCAGAGUCUGUGACAGGGUGUGGAGUGUGGAGUCAAACCGAGUGUGUGCAGACUGCAGCACCGAGGGGACGGGGUGGGCUUCAAUCAACCUGUGUGUGCUGCUGUGUGAGCAAUGCGCAGAUGCUCACAGGUGUUUGGGGCCGUCAGUGUCUAAGGUGGUCAGUCUGAAUGGUCAGCUGUGGACGGAGGAGCUGUUAAAGGUGUUCCUGUUGCUAGGUAACAGUAAAGUGAAUGAGUUCUGGGCAGCGAAUGUGCCGGACGCUGAGGGUCUGAGUGUGAACUCCAGCAGCUCCAAGCGCCUAAAAUUCAUCACCUACAAAUACCUGCACGGAACGUACCGGAAACAGCACCACCUCACCGGCCAGCAGGAGGCGCUCAACAACGCGCUGUGUGCUGCAGUACAGAGCGAUGACCUGAUGGAGUCUCUCUCGCUGCUGUUUUCGGGUGCAGAUGUUAACUGCUCCUCCGGUAUCCCACAGUUCCCUUCUCCGCUUGCGUUGGCAAAACACAGCAGACAGACAGAGCAGGUGGAGCUACUGCAACAUCACCUGAGAUCAGAUGUUGUGGUGUCAGAGGUCACAUCUGCACGUUCUCAAAGUGGAUAUCUGUUCAAGGUGGCUUCCUCUAAUCGGCCUAUCACAGAGCACAAAGCCAGGGCAGAUUUCUCUCAGCGCUGGUGCUCCCUCAGCACAGGUGUGUUCAGCUACUAUAAAACUGAACAAAUGACCAGCAGGUGCGGCAGCAUUAGGACCAGUGGCAUCAUCUGCCUGUCCUUUAACAGCCCAGGGAGUCAUGGAUAUGAACACACCUUUCAACUUUACACUGAUGAGGGGCGGGUUUAUCUAUUUGGAUCUGAUGACAUCAGCACCAUCAAGGAAUGGACCAGGGCUAUUACCAUGGCUGUACUUCCUCCCGCUUUGAGCAGCGUUUGUGGACUCUGUGAUCGGCUGGGUCGCCUGCACUGUGCUGAAGGAAACUCUGGUGUCGGCUGGUUCUGCCUGAGUGGCUAUAAACUGCAGGUGCUUCUUCGGGACAAUGUGCAGAACAUCGACCUGCGCAAACUACACACACUCAGUGUGUGUGAUGGUGCUGGGGGCGUGAUGUUGGGCUGGAGGGGGGGGUGUGUGCAUGUGUGUUCUGACCACAGGCCUCAUUUCCCCGGUUGGCUGAGCUCACUCCAGCGGGCUGCGGGGUCCGGGACAGAGACGCUGUCACAGCAACAGCUCACUGAGUCAGGAACACCAAUCAGCAUCCAGCGCUGCAUCGACCACAUCACCCGCCACGGCCUGAUGUCGGUGGGCAUUUACCGUAAGAGCGGGGCUAACUCUCGGGUGUCGGUGCUGAUGGACAGUUUCCUGCGGGACGCUCGGAGUGUGUGUGUAUCGGAGGAGUUUGAAGUGGAUGAUGUUGCGAACACACUGAAGCGCUUCCUCAGAGCCGUUAGACACGGAGUGUUUAACGGAGCUGAAAACACACACCGCUGGCUCAGCGCCACAGAUCUGACAGACCGCAGAGCUAAAAUCAGUCAGUAUCAGACUCUUCUGUCCAGUCUGCCUGAUGUUAACAGAGAAACACUCAAAGUUCUUCUGAAUCAUCUGUACUGUGUGCAGAAUCUGUGCGAGGUCAAUCAGAUGACCACACGGAACCUGGGAAUCGUGUUCGGACCCACGCUUUUUCAGACAGAUGGGUCGGACCCCAGGACCUCCACAGUGGUGGAGGAAAUGAUCCAGAACUAUUGUGCCAUCUUUAACGUCUCGGAGGUGGAGCUUCAGAAGCAGCUGGACGCGACGUCUCUCAUCCUACACAAGCUCAGCGAGCAGCAGGCGUCUGUGAAGCAGCCCUCCCACACCAUCUGCGCCGUUUACCUGGAGAGGAAAGACGAAGGGGCGGACCUUCUCGUGCAGGUCGGGGUGAGUGUGACUGCAGCAGAGCUGGUGUUGGAGGUUUUACAGAUGCGUGGAAUAGAGCCCCCUGCUGGAGAGACGUGGAGCUGCUGGGAGAUUCAGGAAAAAGACGACUUAGAGAGGGAGCUGCAUUAUCAGGAGAAAGUUCUACCGGUGUAUUUCUCUCUCAGCCCAGAGAGCCACCUGCUGGUCAGAAAGAGCAACUACAGUGUCGACAUCAAGCAAUACCUGAGUGAUAAAGUGGAGGUGUGUAAGGCUGGAGCCCUGCAAGUGUGUGAAGUGAAAGGAGACAAAAACAGAAACUUCAACAGCCGCCACUGUGAGCUCAACAAUGCCACCUUCAGGCUGUACAGAGACAUGCAGGGCUCCCAGGUUGAGAGGGAAUGGACUGUACAGGAACUGAAGCUUUUUCAUGGCUACAGGAGAAAACUACGGCCAUUAACACCGUGGGGGCUGACGCUGUUUUCUGACCAGCAGCAGUGGUAUGUUUGCUGUGAGAAUGAGGACGAGUUAAUUGCGUGGAUGGCCACCUUUUUAAGCCUCAAGCAUGGUGGAAACCUGUGGAUGGAGUAAACAGGAAGUACAUGGGUGGAGCCUAAAUGAAUAAAUUAGAUAAGUUGAAAUGUAGAUGAUGUUAAGUGCCAAAUCUGUUCUCCUACAAACAUAAUUACAAAGUCAUUUACAUAUUUAGAUCAGAUUUUUGUUGUAACAUUCAUAUUUUGGAUUGUUGCUGAUUAAAAUGCUUCAACAGUGAA